AUGGAUCUUCUCAACACGGUUCGCAAAAGCGGCUCUCGCGGUGGCGUUAACUUUUCCUGGGAUGAAGUGGCCAACUCGAAUCACCGCGAAAACUACCUGGGCCACUCCCUCAAGGCGCCUGUAGGCCGAUGGCAAAAAGGCCGCGAUCUCACAUGGUACGCCAAAUCCGGCGACGGAUCAGCGCAGAACCCCGACGAGACAGAAGCCGAGCGAGAAGCUAGGGAGAGGAAGGAAGAACUGAGGCGUGUGAAAGAGGCUGAAGAGGAUGCCAUGGCUAAGGCAAUGGGGCUACCACCACCGAGCCUGCAAGAGAACGCUCUAGGCGGCAUGGUGACACGCAUCGCCGGGAGCGCCGACGGCAUAGAAGUCGUGAUGGCGAACACAGACAUCAUAGGAGCAGAAGCCGCGACCGGGAUGACCGGAGGCGAAGGGAUCGCCGUGAACACCAAGGCGGGGAUCGAAGCCGUGACAGAGCCAGCAGGGGCGAGAGACGUCACAGGCGGCAUAGGAGUCGCAGCCGAGAUGAUGAAGACUAUGGGAGGACAGAUCGGCACCGCGAGGACAGAACCAAGGAGCGACGCAGGUCCACGUCUCGGGGCGAACACCGACGCAGCGGCAGCCCUCGAGCAAGGCGGUGAAGGGAGGAAUGUACGGGGUCGUCCAAGAGAUGAGCCAUUCAACGCACCCCGACUGGCCUCCUCUCGCUGGUGGUUUGACAAACACCGCCACUAUCAGCUCGCGCCCGAAAUCUGCCCCACGAACAACGAAACAGCCGCCAUGGAUUACUCACGACUGCGGGCUGCGGCGAUGCAGCAUGGCGAGGACGAGGAAGCCGUGACUGUAGACACACGCGCCUUGAUCGACAAGGUCCUAGCACGAUACUCGGGCGAAUGGACAACAUUGAGAGAACUCAUACAGAACGCGGCCGAUGCCCAAGCCACUACCGUUUCUGUGAAAUGGGAGACCUUGCCGUCGACGCUGGUUCCCAUGCCCAACACUACCGAUCGUUCAGAGCUCCUAAAGCAUACAAUAUCAAAUCACACGGUCCGCCGACUUGUUGUGCAGAACGAUGGACAGCCCUUCACAAAGACUGACUGGGGCCGGCUGAAAAGGAUCGCUGAAGGCAACCCUGACGAGACCAAGAUUGGUGCCUUUGGUGUAGGUUUCUACAGUGUCUUCGCCGAUUGCGAGGAACCGUUCGUCAGCUCUGGCAAGGAAGCGAUGGCCUUCUAUUGGAAAGGCAAUGCACUCUUCACAAGGAAGUCCCAGAUUCCGGAUGAUCAGGCGACCCAUCACACGACUUUUGUCUUGGACAACCGCAACACGACGACACCUCUGCCGAACCUUCUCUCUGUCAGCCAGUUCCUGGCCACCAGCUUAACCUUUGUUGCACUACAGAAUGUAGAAUUUUGGAUAGACGGCUACCAGAUUCUCGGCCUCAAGAAGAAGACAUCGCCAAGUACCGAGCUGCCUUUACCUGCAGACCUAGAUGCGCGAACAAAGGACGGCAUUAUGCGAGUUCGAGAUGUGGGAAGGACCAGCACUCAGAUUGACGCAACAUAUAUAAGUGCAGUCGGGUGGAAGCCCAAGGCUGUUACAACCACUAAAGCGGAGGGAACGACUGCUUCUACUGAAGCGCCGUCACUACGUUCAUUCUUCGCCAGACUGACAUCAAACUCGUCGCAAUCAUCGUUAAAGGCAAAGACACAAAAUGACGAGAGGCAAGCGCAGACUGCCAUUGCGGAGGAUGUUACAAAGCAAAGUUCAUCAACCAUUUUCCUCAGGUCAACAACGGCCAAUAUUCACACAAAGGUGACAGCGUCUUUCUCGGCAGAACUGGAACGAGCCACCAAGAAACCGCCUCCCAAAACGACGAAAAUUUCCAUUCUUACGGCGUCCUAUGAUGAAGCGCAAGCCUCUCAAGCCUCUGCAGGUGAUGGGGCGGUUUCCAAGGCCACCGAUGUCUUCGCAUCUGUGCUACCAAAUAAAAAACCCGGGGGUCGCGUCUUUAUCGGAUUUCCCACUAUGCAGACGACCGGCGCUGGCCUACAUAUUUCGGCUCCUUCGACGAUCCCAACCGUGGAGCGUGAGGCGAUCGACCUCAACGCGCGAUGGGUGCGCACGUGGAACAUAGAGCUCCUGCGUGCUGCGGGCAUCGUGACACGGCUAGCAUUCGCCAAUGAGAUGGACGAGCUGAACCAGAAGAUCCGAAGGACUGUGGACAAGCAUGGCAAGAUCACCAGCGAAAGCGUGCACCGUUUCAUGCCCGAAGCUGCCCAUAUUUUCAAGACGUACUUUUUUGGCGACUCUACUCCAAGCGGGCAGGUUGGGCAACUCAUCGAAGAGGCAUUCUGGACUUGCUUCAGAAGGGCAUCCAUAGAAGUAUACUCCACUCAGGGUGUCCUACAAACAGACAAGGUCCGCUUGGAGUCAGCCGAGCUGACUAAAUUCGUCGACAGCAUCCCCGUCUUGCCCAAGGAGCUCACUGACGAUACGUUUGUUAAGAAGCUCAUCGACUUCGGGCUCAUCUCGCACAUCACGGUGAAGGACGUACAAAGGGAGCUCGAGGCCAAAUCGCUGGACAAGACCCAGUUGUUGGCCUUCAUCAGCUGGGCGGGCAAGAAGAGCUUGUCGGGAGAGCUCGACCCCGCAAGCAGGUCAUCGCUGAUGGACGUUGCUGUUGGUUCUGUGGGUGAUGAGGGCGGUGGCGAGAUCAUCGCGCUGGGCGCCGUCAAGAAUUUCGUGAUACCUAGCAAGAUCCCAGUCACCAUGCCUAUGCCUCCCUCGACUAUCCCGCACGCCUACACUGUCAGCUCGACACAGGCUGAGCUACAAUCUUUGGGAUGGGAAGCUCUGGAGGUUCUGCCGUGGCUUCGCUACUUGUGCGAAACCAAAUCCUCUAAGCCUGAAGCACAGAACUUGGCAAAGUCGCCGACCUUUGCGGUCGCGGUCCUCACCGUUGUAUCCAAGAACUGGGAUCAUGUCAGCGCCAGUCAUCGCCAGGCAAUUGCACCACUUUUGCAGGCACAAACUGUCAUGCCCACGAAGCUUGGCAUGAAGAAACCCGGGGAAUCGUUUUUUCCCACUGUGAAGCUGUUUGACGAUCUGCCCAUCAUCGAGGGCUGCGACAAGAUCAAGGAGAAGCUGCUCGUAAGCAUAGGCGUCCGCAAGACAGUUGACCUUGACACCAUCUUUACACGCCUGCUGAAUCCUUCGGCCGGUGAAAAGCAGCAGAAGUGGAGUCACAUGGAACUCAUCAAGUACCUCGCAUCUGUACAGAAUGACAUCCCGAGAGCUGAUCUCGAGAAGCUCAAGUCAACGCGCUUCUGCCCGGCUGAGGCUGGGCCCCCAGGUAUGGAACAAGCCAAGGCAACGGAAGCCCUCUACGCAAUCCCCAAUCUGUUCCAGCCAAACGACGCUUUACGAGGUCUUGGCCUAACUAUCCUGCAAUGGCCCGGGGCCCCAGGCAGUUUCCGGCCCAAGAGCGCCGAGGGACAGUUCUUAUCGGCCCUUGAGCUCCGGUCUCACCCUUCUGCUUUGGAGCUACUGGAUAUGAUGAUAGAAAAGGACGAAACUCGCCGGUCACGGGCAAUGGCCUAUUUCAUCGACAAUUACAGCAGUAACCGGUAUGCGUCGAGUCUGACGCUCAUAUCGGCAACGCGCAAGGCUAUCCUCCCCUUGCAAGGGAGCAUGCAACUCGUCAUGCCUUCUGCGUGUUUUAUCAACGAGCGUGCGUCAGUGCUUGGCUUCCGCAUCCUGCGCAGGGACCUCCAUGAGCACGGUCCCAAGUUCGGCGUGGCUCGAGAUCCACCUAUCGCCGAUUGUGUCAGCCGUUUGCUAGCCGACCCGCCGCAGACGACGGAGACUGCAAUGUCCUUGUUCGGGUACUUUGCGAGUCGCAUCCGUGAGCUCGGCCCCAAGGAGUUGCAGCGCUUGCGGGAUGCCCCUAUCGUGCCAGUCCAGCGAGUGGACAAUGCCAAGGGCGCUGAAAAGUCUCGCAUGACUACCAUCCUCCUUGCACCGUCGCGAGCGUAUUUGGGUACCUCAUCCACAUACGGAGAUAUCUUUGACUUUGUCGACUUUGGGACAGAUGUCAAUGCGUUUUUGUACACUUGUGGCGCCAAGACAGAGCCUACCAAGGUUGAAGUUGCACAUAUGGCAUGCAGUGAGCCUGCAAGGUUGCUGGGCGUACUCCAGAGCCCGGAUAAAUAUCUCGAGUUGCUCAAGUCCUUGGCCGAGGCAGAUGCGACGCUGCGCCGCGACAAGGACCUUUGGCGCAAGAUGAAGUCAGCGCCCUUCCUGUUGGCAUACAAGGAGCUCGCAUCACCCAACAAAGACAAUCUCAUAGAUCUCGACGAAGAGGAGGCGCCGGUCAGACAGUAUCAGCUGGCUUGUGCAACGCAGAUUGUUGUUCUUGACGACAUCAUCAGCUACCGCCUAUUCAAGGAGAAUUUGGUGUGUGCUCCCGAAGAGGAUGCUCUGGAGAAGUUCUACCUCUCACUUGGAGCGCAGCAGCUUAGCAGCCUUGUCCAAGAGGAUGUUCGCAUUGGAUCUUUGUCAAGCAAGAAGAGCAUGGGAGACGCCUUGAAGAAGCACGUACUGGAAAGGUCGAAGAUAUUCCUUUACGAGUACGCCAACUAUCGCCGCGACGCCAUAAAGCAUGAUACCAAAUGGCUCGAAAAGAAUCUGCGUGUCGAUAUUGUCAGCUCGGUUGCUCUACGUCGUACCCUCAAAGGUCAGAGACAGACACACGUCGAGAAGCGGUCCGCUGCAAGCGCUCGUGAUGAACGCGGCUGGGUGCUGUAUAUUGCAGGUGAGAGCAAGCCUGACAUGUACCAGGUUGGACAGGCUCUCUGCCAGAUGCUACUCGACAGGCCGAAUCAGCAAGCUUACCUCUUCUUCGAGCCCUUCUUGACGCUAGAUCUCUAUGGUCUGCGGGCGCGUGGCUACAAUGUCGAUCGCAUUUUGCGGGCCAAGGCUGCUGAAGCUCGCAUCGCCGAAGAAGAGAGGCGGAAGGCGCUUGAAGACGAGCAAAAAAUUAUUAAGGAGCGGGAGAAGAAUUGGGCUGCGCAGGCCGGCUCUUCUGCUGCAGCAGCGGUUGCUGGGCGUGCUGCUCCCCCGUCCGCUCCCAGCAGUCCUCAGAACAAGAUGCCAGGAGGUUGGGACUCGAAUGACGACUCAAAGCACGAGAUGGCGGAGUUCACCAAGCGCGGCAAGAGCUUUUUCAACAACCUCACACGCAAACUGGGUUUCGAAAGCCAGAACAGCCCUGAGGGUCAGGAAGGGCUUGAUCCGUUUGUCAAUCCCGAGAAACCUGGCGAAGGCAGCGGUCAGUCAAGUGGCACGAAAACCGGUACAAGCAUGGUCAAGGAUGGCGAACGUGGGCAGAAUGAUGAUGGCCGUGUGACGAAUCCGGCUACGAUCCAGCGGAACCUCAUCAAUGCGGUCAAUGCCUCGCGUGCUCAUGGCUCAUCCAGUGUGUUCACUCAGCCGACUGUGAACGAGGUCAAGGAGCAGGCGACGUACUGUGACUCGACUGCCGCCGCCAAUAUCACCUUUGUGGCAGAAGCCUCAAACUGUAUCAGGAUCUUCAUGGAUCAGAACAUGUCCAUGCCGCAUAGCCAGUUUCUGCGAGCCAACACUGGCGCCAUCAACACAUUCGCCUCGAUUCUCCGCGAUGUCGGCGAGGUCUACUCAUUGGCCCGUGGCGUGCUGCACAUCUACUACGACGAGUCGGGUCGCACUAUUGCGUUCAAUACCUCCGGCAGCCUGUUUUGCAACUUCCGUUAUUUUCUGCAACUUCACGCGGCCCGGGUCGAGUCAGAUCGGUCCGGCGAGGCCAAGGCUGAAGUCGCAACAUGGUGGUGGGUUGUCCUGGCUCAUGAGCUGGCACACAACUUGGUCAAGACUCACAAUGCUGACCACAGUUACUACACUGAGUCGUUUGUGCAACAGUAUUUUGGCAAGAUGAUGAUGAAGGUUGCGACUCAGGAGGAGCUCGAAAUCUACUCACGUGACAUUUCCAAUCAAACCCGCACUCUCUCCCCCGACGUCGACACGUACGAUCUCUGCGCGAGCAGCCCUACAGGAUCCGACGUCUCCGAGUUUCUAUACAGCCCAUUGACCACUAUGGUGUCCCGCAUCGCCUUCUGGAGCCUGUUCGGUGUCGGUGUACGCUUCUGGCAGAUGGGUAUCGAGAUGCGCCCCUUCUUCCAACGCUCCAACCUCUGGGUGUACCCCAUCUACGCGGCCGGCGGCGCAAGCUUCGGAUACUGGCUGCAGGGUGUCGACGACAAGCAGACCGCUUUGUUGACGGAGAGGAAGAACAGACUGUUGGAGAAGAGGGCGAAACGGGCGCAAGAGGCACAGUCUGCUGAGGCUGAGGCAUGA